AUGUCGCAUCAGACCGACCAAGCGGGUGGGGCCAGAUCUAGGGCUACUAAAAAGGCCGCCGCGCAAACCAAUCAAACGAAACGUGCGGCGGGGAAAAAGGCUGAGGUGGGAAAGCAGAAGCCCGGGAAGAAGGCGGAGGACAAGGGGAAGCAACCAACGGCACGCAAGCGUGUUUCGGCCGUCAGGAGCGAUGCGGAUGUUGCCACUGCUGCCCUCGAGCCCGGUCCUUCUGACGACGGCACCAUCGGCGGGAACGAAGACCCUGGGCGUGGCGGCGUGAGUGUUGCCGUCCGGUCGGGGGACAGAGAGGGCUUUGCAACUGGAGGAAAGCACGGCGACUCUCCCCGCCAAGAUCAGGCCGCAACUUCGACGCGUAGGCAGAGGAAGAGCGAUGGUGAGGAGGAGAAUGACACCCCCGUGGCUGAGGACAUGCCCAUACGCGCGAAGAGGAGGCAGACGACAGCCAGCGGUGACGACGCCGGUGGUGCUGAAGUUGGGACAAUGCGAGGCACCACGGCGCCAAGUGGCUUGGCGACAGAUCAUGCAAUGCGGCAUAAGGUGGGAUCCGGUCCGAGGAAACCAUCUAGCGGACGGAGGGGGAAGCAAUCUUCGGGGGGGAAUAGGCCGAAGCGCGGCAAAGAAGGCCCUGGUGAAGCGGAUGUUGAGGACGAGGGGGAUGGGGAGGAGGAGGCCGAGGAGGAUGCGGAGGAGGAGGACGAGGAUGCAGGGGAGGGAGAAAAGGACGAGGAUGAGCAGGAGGGCGACGAUGAUGAGGAGGAGGAGGAGGAGGAGGAGGAGGAGGAGGAUGAGGAUGAGGACGAUGAGGAGGACGAUGAGGGGGACGACGAGGAUGAGGAGCAGGAGGAGGAGGAGGAGGAUGAGGAGGAGGAGGAGGAGGAGGAGGAGGAGGAGGAGGAGGAGGAGGAGGAGGAGGAGGAGGAGGAGGAGGAGCAAGAGGAGGAGGAGGAGGAGGAGGAAGAGGAGGAGGAGGAUGAUGAGGAGGAGGAUGAGGAGGAGGACGACGAGGAGGAAGAGGAGGUGGAGGAAGGGGCGGAUGAGGAGGAGGAGGAGGAGAAGCCGGCAGGGAAAGGACGGGGCGCGCGAGGCGGACGGGGGAGUGGCACAGGGAAGGUGGGGGGCCGGCAUUGGGCCACCGCCCGGGGCAGGGCGGUCUCCCCCCUCGCCGGUCCAUCGCGUGUGCAUCAACCAAGCACCUUUGCCAAUCCCUUCCCUGAGCUUCCCUUAUCCCGCCAGCGUGAUAGUGUGAGGGCACACGGUGCUGCUGCAGAAGACGUUGAUCCCCUUGGCCAGAGAGGGGUUUCUACACACCCUUUUCCGGAUGUCAUGGAUGCGCUGGCUGAAGGUGCAGAGCACGGGCAGUUUGUUACACGAGACGAGUUCCAGCAGCUACGGUCUGAGAUGUACGCCAUGUUUGCUCAGCUCGGCCUGCGUCGGGGAGCAACUGCCAGCUAUGCCGGGGGGGCCGCAGUGGUGCCGAUGGGUGGUACCCCGCCGCCGAUGAGUGCCGUGGACAAGGCACGUGUGCUUGUGCUGCAGGAGACCAACCCAUUCCCGGGCACACGGGAGCGGCGCUCAACGAGGCGCCGCGUGUCAGGUGGGUGGGGUGUGACGUGGCAUGGGGUGGGCGGGUGUGACGUGGCACGUGGGGCUGGCUGCUACCUGACGUGGCGGAUGCAGGAGGGUGUGCCGUGGCGGGAUGUGUGGCUUGGUGCUGACGUGGCGGCUUGGAAGGGUACACGGGAGCGGCGCGUGACGACGCUACACGUGUGCGGUGGGUGGCUUGGUGACGUGGCAUGGGGUGGGCGGGUAUGA